AUGUCGCUCAACACUGCGCCAUCGUCGCCUCCAAAGAGACCUCGAUUGUCACUUCAGAUCAAGACACCAGCCGCACCACAAGUCCUUGGGAAGUCCGUAACUGCAUUGAAGGCGGACAUUGAUCCUUCAUCUCCUACAGCAUUCAACACAUUAUCGAAUGCAUAUGCCGCGGCCAUCGAGAACUCCUCGCCGAAGACUUCAAGACCGUUAUCAGACUUCAGGACGGCGAAACCAACCUCGCUACGGCUCCAGACCACAAACGUGAACGACGCUGAUGCAGGAUAUGUUCAUCCUUCUCAACGAACCCAGACACCGGGACCAUUCUCGAUAACCUACCCAGAUACUCCUACAUCGGCUUAUCCGACCACUACAAGCGAUGAGCCAGAAACCGAAGGUGGAUUAAAGCCCAUCGCAUCCGCAACCUCCUUUACAUUUACCCCGCCGCAGUCUGCUGGCUCCGAACAAACAGGACUUCGAGUAUUCACCUUUUCCGCCAAUGCGCCGAGCAAAUCAUCGCCUAGCACACCUCGGACACCACGUAGGCGGAUGACUGUUGGUAGCCAAUAUCAAAUCGCACCAUAUACACACCCUCGAAGCCUUCACAGCAUUCUUCGUAACUCACCACUUCCUCCACGUGCCACAGCAACGCCAGCUACUCCAAGUCGCAUGUCAAUGCGUAUAGCGAAUCGAGCAGCAAAGAAAGUUGGCUACAAUGAUCCUUUAGAGCAAACAAUUACCACGAACAAGUACGUGAGAUCACAUAUCGACCUCCUCGCUGAGGAGUCGCCGUAUUCAGCGAUAGAUCCAGAGGCCGAAAAGUUAGGUAUACUGGAUCCGAUGGUGUAUACUGGAGACGAGACCAGAGAUGGUGGACAGACCCCCGGGCCAUUUGAAGAAAUGCGCCGACGUAUGGCAGAAAGCGAGCUCGAGACUCCCGGAGCACGGAAGCGCAAGAGGAGAGAAAAGAAGCGCAAGUGGGAGUGGACUAUUACCAAUGCCGAAACCGAAGGCGAAGAGGAAAAAGAAGUCAUAGGAAGAACGCCAUUGACGGCCGUAAUGUUAGCCGAUACUCCUAUUACGGCAAUCCGCAGAGGAUCAUCAGUAUCAGGUGGAGAAGACUCGGAAAUGUCAGAAGCGGAAGAGAGAUAUGUGCCAUCUGUUUCUGAGGAUUCCGAGAUGUCGGAAAGAGAAGACUGGGGCGGAUCGGAUUUCCCGCAAGAAAGGUCGAGCACUGCGAGUACGGAAUUCAAAAUUCAUACUUCUCGCUUUUCAUCUCAAGAGCUUGACACAGAAAGUGACUUCCUCGAGGAGAGACGGGUGUCCAAUGCGAUAUCGGACGUGAUAUGCCUAGGCAGCGGAAAGUUCUUGCGUUAUUUGGUGCUUGGCCCUGUCUUCCCACUAGCAAAGCAAAAGUAA